AGCACUAAACCAAAUGUAAUAUUCCAGACACUGGAACUGCAACAAAGUGAAAAUGAGUUCUCAAAGCCUCAUUUUGCAUGCUAAUGUGUUUCUUCUUCUGCUUAUAGCUGGUUGUCAUGCUCAACUUCGAGUUGACUACUACAGAAACACAUGUCCAAAUGUUGAAUCGAUUGUUCGGAGAGCAGUUGAGAUGAAACUUCAGCAGACAGAUGUGACAGUUCCUGCUACACUUAGGCUGUUCUUCCAUGAUUGUUUUGUUAGGGGGUGUGAUGCUUCUGUGAUGCUAGCUUCAACAAACCACACAUCUGAGAAGGAUAAUCCUAUAGAUCUUUCACUAGCUGGUGAUGGAUUUGACACUGUGAUCAAAGCCAAGGCUGCAGUUGACAGUGUACCUGGCUGCCAGAAUAAGGUUUCAUGUUCUGACAUUUUGGCAAUGGCAACUAGGGAUGUCAUAGCUCUGGCAGGAGGACCAUCUUAUGCAGUAGAGCUGGGAAGGCUAGAUGGGAGAGUCUCAACAAAAGGAAGUGUUACAGACCAUAUACCCGAUCCUGAUUUAAAGCUAGAACAACUGAACCAAAUGUUUGCUUCACAUGGACUAACCCAAACUGAUCUAGUUGCUCUAUCAGGAGCACAUACCGUUGGAUUCUCUCAUUGUGACCAGUUCUCCAAACGUAUUUACAACUUCAAAGGCAAUAAAAGCAUUGAUCAUACACUUAAUCCUGCGUAUGCAAUACAGCUCCAACAAGACUGUCCAAAAAAUGCCGACCCCGAAACAGUCGUUCAAAUGGACCCAAUAACACCAAAGAUAUUUGAUAAUCAAUACUACAAGAAUCUUCAGCAAGGAAAAGGGCUUCUCGCUUCUGAUCAAGCUUUGUUUACUCAUAAAAGAACAAGAGAGCUAGUGAACUUAUUUGCAUCCAACAACACAGUCUUUGAAACGUCUUUUGUAAGUGCCAUAACAAAGUUAGGACGAAUAGGGAUUAAAACAGGAAACCAGGGUGAAAUCCGGCGUGAUUGCUCGAUGGUUAACUGAGCUACUAAUUGUGACCAUGUUCAGAUCAUUCUGAAAUAAUCUUAUUAAUUUCUUCUA